GACUCACUCCUAUGCUAGUUUUCAAUCUAAUUGUUUAAAAUAACUAGAUAAUAAAAACUAAGGAUGUCGGCGGGAGUGUAAUGAGCAAGUGAGGAGUUAGGUUUGACCCGUGGCUUUCAACUGUUUAAAUCAUGACGUGUACUAAAUCAUUUUUUACAUCGCAAUUUAGGACUCAUUCCUCAGCUAAAUUAGAACCUUCAGGGGGCAGUAUUUAUUCCUCCUAUGCCAUACACUUUGAUGUUUUAAACACCCACUAAGUGAUUUUGGAACCCCAGGCUGCGACCCGCAGUUUGAAAACCACUGCCCUGGCUCAGCCCGACCAGCAUUUGCUUAACAUUAAACAGACUGGAAAACAGGCUGCGUCACAGCGUUAGACUUUCUUUCCUAAGCUUUUAUGAUUGCGUUUGUGUGUGCUGGCACACAGCAUAAAAUGUAUUCACAUGGGAUGGGUCAUAGUCAAAGUUCAGAAGUCACUGCACUGAGUAAAGAAAGGCAUAACUGCAGAAAUCAGUGAGAUCUGUAUGAGAGAAGAGAGACGGCUGAGGAGUUCAAAUUUGGGUUUGGAUCUUCUGCUCUUCAUCAGGUGUGUAAUGAGUCACAACAUGAAGCAGAAACAAGAAGGAUUCCAAGAGAAUGUAAAGAAUAGUCCUGUUCCAAGAAGAACUCUGAGGAUGAUUCAGCCUUCUACGGCUGGAUCUCUGGUUGGAAGAGAAAAUGAGUUGGUUAAAGGCUUGUCCAAACAGAAACAUUGGAAUGACCAGUUAAUAUCUAAGACUUCCAGCUCUGGAGUUGUUACUGACCCAGAACAUAGUAAAAAUAAAACUCUUGGAGGAGUCAGCCAAGAAGCAUUUGAUCUUAUGAUUACAGAAAAUCCAUCCCCUCAAUAUUGGAAAGAAGUGGCGGAAAAACGGAGGAAGGCUCUCUAUGAGGCCCUUAAGGAAAAUGAGAAACUCCAUAAGGAGAUUGAACAAAAGGACAAUGAAAUUGCCCGCCUGAAGGAGGAGAAUAAGGAACUGGCAGAAGUGGCAGAACAUGUCCAGUAUAUGGCAGAGAUGAUACAGAGGCUGAGUCAUGAACCUCUGGAUAACCUUGAAUCACCGUAUAGUCAGGAAUUUGAUCCUGAACAGGCAACUGCUGAGGAUUCUGAAUGAAGUACAAGACUCAGAAAUUGCUGGUACAUGUGCUGAAGAAGUUGUCUCUUCCUCUACAGAUGUAAAACCGAGUAUAUGAAAUUCAGUAACUGCCAAAGUUUACCUCCACUGUAGUUCUUUGUAGCAGAGGAAAUAACUUUAUUAUAUACUUUUUUUUUUUUUUUGCAAAUAACUUUAUAAUGAAAACUUGUUAUCAGAUUCUCUUGUUUGUAUCCUGGAACCCUACUAUUGUAUUAAAAUACAAAUACUAUGUAUUUUUAAUCUAUGGUGUUUUGUGUAAAUAGCAUUUUCUCAGUUGUCAGACAUGACUUGUGUAUAUGAUAAAUAAACUUCAUUCUAUUGA